AUGAACUGCCAGGUCCUUGAUCAUGUGCCCGCACUGCCUAGCUUGGCAGCAAAACCGCUGAUCCUCUGCCUGGCAUUAAGGAGAAGAUUGGAAGCAAAACGACAAAGACUGGAGGCUGAAAAGAAAAAGCAGUAG